ACAACUUUAUUAAUAGCCCAAAAUGGUUCAACUACUCUAUUAUUAUUCCUGCGUGCCAUUAUGGCCUAUCGUUUCUUUGGCUUUUUUUAUUUCAUUCCUUUCUCACCUGCUUAUUCUCACCGCCCAGCCUGAAUUCCGAGAUUACAAUUGUUACCCAAAAAGAAGUAACUUCAAGAACGCAAGUGUCUACCACAACAACCUCAAGGCCAUUCUUUCUAAUUUCAGUUCCGACGACACAAACAUUGAAUAUGGGUUCAUCAAUUCCUCUUAUGGCCAAAGCCCUAACAUGGUUUAUGCACUUGGAUUCUGCAGAGGAGAUGUGAAGCCAGGUCCCUGCCGUACUUGCCUCCACAACGCCACAAUCCGUCUCCCACAAAAGUGUCCCAAUCGGAAGGAGGCUGUCGGAAUCUAUGACGAUUGCAUGUUUCGAUACUCAUAUCACCCAAUAUAUGGGACAUACAAAUACAACAUCUCGGAUGUAAGAUACUUGUGGAACCCGGCAAAUUCAACAAAACUCACUGGUGCAUAUGUAGAGGUGCAAUUGGAUAAAGUAAAGAGCCAAGCACCAACCGGGGAGUCUCAUCGUAGGUUCGCAGCAGCGAAUGAUACAACAAGCAAAUCUGGGGAUGUCUAUGCUUUUGCUCAGUGCAGUCCCGAUCUGUCUCAGGAUGAUUGCAGGUCCUGCUUACAGAAUGUUUAUGAUGGAAUCCCACUGUGUUGUGAAGGAAAGAAUGGUGGUAGGGUUAUAAAUCCCAGCUGCUAUAUUAGAUAUGAGAGCUACCUCUUCUAUAACUACACCGCUGUUUCAUCACAGCCAUCUUCUCCACCAUCCACCACAGUAACGGGCCCGGAAGGAGGAAGUGAUAGCACUGGAUCACAAACUAGUAAUGUUGUCAAGAUUAUUAUCCCCGUUAUCAUCUCAGUAAUACUUUCUUGUUUGGUGGGUUGCUGUUUGCUAAGGAGAAAAACAAGGAACAACAGUCAAUCUAUUCUCAGAGAAAACUUUGGGGAAGAAGGUUCAAAUCUGAAGUCCUUGCAAUUCAAUUUGGUUACCAUUGAAGGUGCAACAAAUAAGUUUUCUGAAAAAAACAAAAUAGGAAAAGGAGGAUUUGGAGAAGUUUACAAGGGCAUUCUUCCUGAUGGACGAGAAAUUGCUGUCAAGAGACUCUCAAAAAGUUCGGUGCAAGGAAAUUUAGAAUUCAAGAAUGAAAUUUUGCUUAUAGCUAAACUCCAACAUAGAAAUUUAGUGACGUUAUUGGGAUUUUGCUUGGAAGAACAAGAAAAAAUUCUUAUUUAUGAAUAUGUGCCUAACAAGAGCAUUGAUUUCUUCUUAUUUGAUUCUGAAAAACAAAGCUUACUCACUUGGUCUGAGCGUUUCAAAAUCAUUGGAGGAAUUGCACAAGGACUUUCUUAUCUACAUGAACAUUCUCGACUUAAGGUUAUUCAUCGUGAUCUCAAACUUAGCAACAUUUUAUUAGAUAAUAAGCUGAAUCCAAAAAUAUCAAAUUUUGGUAUGGCAAGAAUGAUUUCUAUAGAUGAAGACCAAGGAAGCACAAACAGAAUUGUUGGAACAUAGUAAGUCUUGUUGCCCUCCUUCCUAUUUGCGAGUUGUCUUAAUCUUUUUUGCCCAAUAACUUUUUAUCUUAAUCCAUUGCAUGAGAAACAAAAGGAGAUUAUUUAUAUUUACUAUGUGAAUAUUGCUUUAUAUAUACAAUUUAUCACUAUAAUGAGUUUUCCUUUAUGUCCUCAUUUGUCCCCAAAUUGGUCCUUGUAUGUUUUCCAUAUCAUACUUGUACAUACUGAUAUAUUUUUUUU